AUGGGUGGCUUCGCUUCCAGCCCCCAUGACGCAAAGGUUGUUCCCAGGCUGCAAGGGAUGCGGGCUACCCCUGCUGCCCGGGAAGGUGAGAGGCAGAGGACGGAGACGCUGCAGCCCUACGGCUGCGCCCAGGGCUCCUCCGUGCACGGAUACGCUCUCACUACCCAGCAGUUGACAAACUCCUGCACACGGCGCACCACCUCCACGACGUACCAAAAAAAAAAAAAACAAUCCUGCCUCCCCGCCCCUCCCCCCUCCAUCACCCCUGCCCUCGCCUCUCUCCCCCCCCCCCCCCGCCCCCCCCCCACUCCCCCGUCUCCCCCGCCACUCACCCCCGAUCUUGCCCCUCCUCACCCAUCCCCCCCAAUACCUCCACCCAACCCGAUCCCCGCCCUUACACCCCGGCCCCCGACGUCCCCCUCCCACGCCAGCACCAGCUCCAGAGACAACAGCCUCUCCCACCACGGGCCUCGCACAAACAUCCUCCUCUGCUCCUGGGACAAGCCCACCUCCUGCCGCCACCUCGGCUCCUACUCUGAGCACUGCUCUGGAGAACACUUCCACAACUGCAACCACAGCUACACCCACCUCUACUCGGCUGACAACCUCCACUGCUACCGCACAGCUCCAGAGACAACAGCCUCUCCCACCACGGGCCUCGCACAAACAUCCUCCUCUGCUCCUGGGACAAGCCCACCUCCUGCCGCCACCUCGGCUCCUACUCUGAGCACUGCUCUGGAGAACACUUCCACAACUGCAACCACAGCUACACCCACCUCUACUCGGCUGACAACCUCCACUGCUACGGCGACAGGCUCGUCAACCCUUGAGGCAACAACGGUGGGCAUCUCCACCACGAUAAAAACCUCCAGCACAGCUGCCCAGUCCACGUCUCCUCCUGGCACUACACUUUCACCCUCUUCCACUCCAGCACAAACGUCUGCUCUUGACAAAACCUCCGCACUCCUCUCCACCGCAGCAGGAUUGUCCAGCCCAGCUGCUGUAACCACCACUGCAGUCACUUCCAGCCCACCUGGAACAUCCACUGCUGCUCUUGUCACCACCACAGCUCCAGAGACAACAGCCUCUCCCACCACGGGCCUCGCACAAACAUCCUCCUCUGCUCCUGGGACAAGCCCACCUCCUGCCGCCACCUCGGCUCCUACUCUGAGCACUGCUCUGGAGAACACUUCCACAACUGCAACCACAGCUACACCCACCUCUACUCGGCUGACAACCUCCACUGCUACGGCGACAGGCUCGUCAACCCUUGAGGCAACAACGGUGGGCAUCUCCACCACGAUAAAAACCUCCAGCACAGCUGCCCAGUCCACGUCUCCUCCUGGCACUACACUUUCACCCUCUUCCACUCCAGCACAAACGUCUGCUCUUGACAAAACCUCCACGCUCCUCUCCACCGCAGCAGGAUUGUCCAGCCCGGCUGCUGUAACCACCACUGCAGUCACUUCCAGCCCACCUGGAACAUCCACUGCUGCUCUUGUCACCAGCACAGCUCCAGAGACAACAGCCUCUCCCACCACGGGCCUCGCACAAACAUCCUCCUCUGCUCCUGGGACAAGCCCACCUCCUGCCGCAACCUCGGCUCCUACUCUGAGCACUCUACACCCCACCUCUACUCGGCUGACAACUUCCACUGCUACCGGUACAGGCACAUCCACCGUUGAGGCAACAACGGUGGGCAUAUCUACAACGGGGGAAACCUCCAGCACCGCUGCCCAGUCCACGUCUCCUCCUGGCACUACACUUUCACCCUCUUCCACUCCAGCACAAACGUCUGCUCUUGACAAAACCUCCGCACUCCUCUCCACCGCAGCAGGACUGUCCAGCCCAGCUGCUGUAACCACCACUGCAGUCACUUCCAGCCCACCUGCAACAUCCACUGCUGCUCUUGUCACCACCACAGCUCCAGAGACAACAGCCUCUCCCACCACGGGCCUCGCACAAACAUCCUCCUCUGCUCCUGGGACAAGCCCACCUCCUGCCGCCACCCAGUCGGCUCCUACUCUGAGCACUGCUCUGGAGAACACUUCCACAACUGCAACCACAGCUACACCCACCUCUACCUCGGCUGACAACCUCCACUGCUACGGCGACAGGCUCGUCAACCCUUGA